CAACUGGGAUAUUUUCCUUAAAUUUUAGUGUCAGAGAAAAAUUGCCACACACCAAAAAGAGCUGUCAGACUGUGGACUAAAAGUUAUUGGAUUGUUCUUUUGAGUUGUAUCUUUUACAGCUGAAAAAAAUUUCUUGGCUUCACAAAAGAUAGAAAAUGAAGUCAACAAUGGAGAGGUUUGAGGAUUACUGGUCUGGAGGAGAUCCUGUGACUAUGAAUCGCUUCCUCACAAAAACGAUCACACCGAUGAUAACCAUCGUCACGAGUUACGUUCUUUUCGUCACUUGGAUCGGUCCCACAAUAAUGAAGAACAAAAAGCCCAUAGAAAUGCGAAAAUUAAUAAUUGUUUACAAUUUUGGUCUAAUCGCAUUUUACUUAUAUUUCCUGUUAAAGGGAGCUUUCUUCAUACCAGAAUUAGGUUUUCAGUUCAUUUGUGGUUCUCUAAAUUCAUAUGAAACGCCCAUCAUUCCUGAUAUAUUUGAUUUAGGAUAUCAGUUAUAUGUCGUUCGAUACAUUGAGCUUCUAGAUACGGUGUUUUUAGUGUUGACAAAAAAGUUCAAUAUGGUAACUCCUCUUCAUGUGUUUCACCACUCGAUCGUUCCUGUCUUCGGUUGGUUUGGGUUCAGAUCUGAAUCAAGUGGCUAUCUUGCAGUUUUCAUGGCAGUAAACUGCAUAGUUCACAUCGUUAUGUACACUUACUAUGCAAUAGCCGCUUUAGGACCUAAAUACCAAAAAUACAUAUGGUGGAAGAAAUAUUUAACAUCUUUACAGAUACUGCAGUUCUUUGUGAUGACAUUCUACACGAAUAUCAUGUUCGCAAUUGGCUGCACAACAUCAAAAUUCACUUUCAUGUUCUGCACAUUUCUUAGCGUGCUCUUUUUCUUUCUGUUCAUCAAUUACUAUAAACAAGCCUACAAGUCUAAUGACAAGGAACAGGAGGCAAAGAAGAAUGGAGAUGUUGUUAAUAGAAUUCAUGAAACAAAUGGCAUUCAUUCUAAGAAUGUGAACCUGAAGAAUGGAUUGCCUGCUGCUUAUAGGAACGCUAUGAAAAAAGAAAAAUAGAGAAUAAUUAUAUAAAAUAUAGGAAAAUAAUUAUUUAAUUUUUAUUUACUUCGGAAUUUCUAUUGGAUUUAAUCAAAAAAUCUUUGAUUCACAUGUAUAAAAAUGAAAGUCUAAUGGAUGGAAUUCCAUUUUACUAAGGGAAAAAUUGCUUUAAAUUCUACGCUCGUAAGAGUCUAUAAUGAUGUUUUAUGAAUUAAACAUUUAUGGAUGUAGUUAAUUGCAUGAAAAAUAUAACAUGGCUAAUUCUAAGAAAAGAGAAAUCAUGAUGAAAUAAUAUAAUCAGUAAUUUUUUUUUUAUUAUUGCUUCUAUUAUUCUGCCACA